CAGUGAGGCACAUGCGGUUUGCUGGUUGUCCGCCAGAGGGCGCAGGUACAAAAAAGCAAAAGAUGCCGCACAGUCAAAAGGAAAACGAAAAAGAAAGUACCGGAGGUGUUUCUUAUUUGUGUUGCUGUCAUCUUAGCAGAAACUGCAGGAUGGCACAGUGGGGUGCCGUAUUCUCAAUAAUUGCUGCUCUUGGAGGAGCAGCGCUGUUAGCCUCCGUGCACAAGAUUGAUGAGGGGCACACUGGAGUUUACUACAGGGGAGGGGCUCUCCUGACCACCACCAGCGGUCCUGGUUUCCAUCUUAUGCUUCCGUUCAUCACCACAUACAAGUCUGUGCAGACGACGCUGCAGACAGAUGAAGUGAAGAACGUACCAUGCGGCACAAGUGGAGGAGUGAUGAUUUACUUUGAUCGCAUAGAAGUGGUGAACUACCUCAUUCCAUCGGCGGUGUAUGACAUAGUGAGGAACUUCACUGCAGACUAUGACAAAGCCUUGAUAUUCAACAAAGUUCACCACGAACUCAACCAGUUCUGCAGCGUUCACUCUCUGCAGGAGGUCUACAUCGGCCUGUUUGACCAAAUUGAUGAAAAUCUGAAGUUGACGCUACAAGAGGAUCUAACAAGCAUGGCACCUGGGCUUAUCAUUCAGGCGGUCCGUGUCACAAAGCCCAACAUCCCAGAGAGCAUUCGCCGGAACUACGAGCUUAUGGAGAGCGAGAAGACCAAGCUGCUGAUCUCCCAGCAGACACAGAAGGUUGUGGAGAAGGAGGCAGAGACGGAGAGGAUUAAAGCGGUGAUAGAGGCUGAGAAAGUGGCUCAAGUUGCAGAAAUCAAGUUUGGGCAGAAAGUCAUGGAGAAGGAAACGGAAAAAAAAAUCUCUGCGAUUGAAGACGGUGCUUUCCUGGCCCGGCAGAAAGCCAAGGCUGAUGCGGAGUUCUACACGGCUCAGCGAGCGGCUGAGGCCAAUAAGCUCAAGCUAACACCAGAGUACCUGCAGCUGAUGAAAUACAAGGCCAUCGCAGCCAACAGCAAAAUCUACUUUGGGAACGACAUACCACAGAUGUUUGUGGACUCUGGCUCAGCAGGGAGCUCCAUCAAGGCCUCCGCAGCCAUGGACAUUGUUGCCGAGCACAUCAUGGACCUGGAUUAAGCAGGAAAGUAGUGGCACCUGCUGGACUGCUCAAAGGCAGAGCACUAUCAGCUGAAGGAGUUGCUUCCCUCCAAGGGAACACAUCUAAAUUACUGCUAGGAAUCCCUGUUCUCCAGCCUCAGAGCAGACAACAUGAGCAUUCGCUCUGUCCUGAUGGCCACUGAAGUCCUCUAGACACAGUGUGAUAAUAUCAGUUAUUAUUGUCAUUUAGCAAAAUAAGAAUUUAAAAACUUGUCCUUGCUGCUGCUGCUCUUUUUUUUUUUUCAUGGUCUGUGCAUCGAGCCUACGUAGCCAAAGCAUCAAGGAUCCCAAAUCCAUCAAUACUUUGUUUGUACCACCCAUUCCACUAAAGUAAUGGCUGUAUUCAUCAAGCAUGCCCACAGCCAACAAUGUCAAAGGUUGUUCUUUUUAAAGGGCACCUUUAAACACUGCCUGUCUCUAUGGGGAAAUCAGCUCAGUAGUCUCAUUCAUGUAAGGGUAGAUAAACAUGCUUUAAUUAGUUUUUGAUACGGUCAUUAUUUAAAAAGCAAAAUAACCAUCACAAAGCAGGUUGAGCGUUUGGGUGAAUGUUUUGUAGAAACCAUGCUGUUACUCAGUUACAUGUUCCACAUUUCCACACAGACUGUAAUCAAGAGUGUUUUUUCUCUGCUGUCUGCCUGAAAGACGGACCAAAUGUGUCUCUGAGGAUGAAUGUACUGAGGUAGCUGUUCACUGUCACCUUUGACACCAUCACUGGAUUGCUGCAGUUUGUUUUUUCAACUUGUUUUGAACGCUGGAUUUGUGCACCUGUGUGAAGUUGUUAUAUAUUUUCUGUAUACGUGUGUGGCACUUACUGUUUUUGUUUCUCACAUUGAAUAACUGAUUAAGAGACUAUUUGUUUCUGGAGUUUUCUUCUGUUUUUUUCCACCCCCACUGUGAAAGAAAUAUGACAUAACCAAAAUAUUCAUUUGUGACAUCAGCUUUUCACAAAACUAUUAAGCAAAAUUUUUAUGUAACCAUUUUCGUGGGCGUCCUGUAAGACUCUUCAUAAGACAAGAAUUAGUAAUUGCCUUUUAGUCUUUGGUGGCGUGACGCAGCUGUGGAGGAGGAACGCUCCAGGAUGUAGUAAUGAUGAAGAAUUUUUAACUGUCCAUAAACUCAGUGUGUAGGCUUCUGUUACUCACUUCAGUGGUCUUAUAGAAAUCAUCUGAAAUUGUCUGAAAACAAUCUGCUGGGAAAUGUUCAUGAGUCCACGUUGAGUCAUCUCUGGGGCAGAAUGCACGACUGAGCGCUGAUAACCAUGCGCUUAAUUUUCCAAAGAACCAUUUGGUGUCAAGAACCGACUGGUUUAGGGGAAUUGGCGUGUUCGGUAUACACAGCGUCACUGUGAGCAAAUAUUUCUUUAGGCCAGGAGCCAAAUGGCAUUUUUACAAAAAGUUAUUAUUAUUUUAAGAUUUUCUGUAAUUGAUUCGUCUGUCAUUUUUUAAUUUCUUGUAGCUAUAUCUUCACAUCAUGUCUUAGUGGACGCACUUUGCUGUCAGUGAUGUUUUUCAAAGGGACUGGCACCCACCGGGCAAAUGUUUUUGUACUGACAUCAGCUGUGAAUGUACAAUCAAGGCAUUGUUCUCUGAUAAUAAAGUACUGUGUUUUCUUC